AUGGACCUGACACCAACGCAACUUCACUACUUGAAACGAGAGCUUAUCUCGGAGCAGCUACUCGAGGAAAUAAGCAAGCUCAAGCACAACCUGGACUUGGACGCUGUUCUCCAUGCCAAAAACGAUCCCGGCAAUGACUAUCCACUGUUACGCUACAUUAGCAACCAAUUUGUCAUUGAAUUCCCCCUCUUGAAACAUGGCAGCAACCCUGAAUUCUGGUCCAAAUGUCAACAGUUCCUCAACGACUUUGCCAAAGUCAAGCUCGACACGUAUACGCCACGCAAAACGGGAGCUUCUCAACGACGCAUCCUCAUGUACAAGUUACAAAAGCUCAUGACCGUAGCUCUCUGUGCCACUGUAAAGACUGUUCAAGGCGAGGAACAAGGCAUCAAGGUGGAUCCUAGUAGCGUGCAGCAGCAACCAAAGGAAGAUAAUGCAGAGGACAAGGCACUUGCACAAGCUGUUGACCAGAGCAUGACACUUCUUGAGAAUGAUGAUCGUUAUUUGGAAUGGAUGGGAUUCAAUGGAUUGGCUCUUAACGUUGUCACUGUACGUGAUAUGACCGAGAAGCGUACGUUACGUGAAAAGACCCAUACCGAGUUUAUUGUAUGCACCUAUAUGGAAGGCCAUGCAGAACCUGUAUUUGUGGCCCGACGACAUGGCGACUUUCGACAACUUGCGCAAGACUUGGCUGCCGAAUACCCGACAGAAGAUGUCCCCGGUCCACCCCGCAAAGCCAGCGAUGCUUUAUCCGAUGCCACUGAUGAGGGUUCAGAAAAACAGCACACGUUGCAUCUUCGUUCUCCUCGUCGUCGUAGCAGCAGCAAAUCCAACAACCCGUUGCCAAGUCAUUUUUAUCGUGAACAAGAUCGCUUGUUGCUCCGAUCCUUUUUACGUCGCAUAGCAACCGAACCUCGUCUUGCCAAGAGCCAAAUCUUGAAACGUUUCUUGACUGAGAAUGCUAUCACGCUGACUGAGUCUCAAGUCGCUGACGCUGAUAUGCGUGAUAAGAUGGAUAAGGCGAGAGCUGAAGAGGAAGCCAAGUUCAGGAACGAGGUGGAUCAAAAGAUGGCAGAGCUCAAUGAUUUAUUGGACAUGCUCAAGAAACAAAUCAUGCAGCCUGGUGGUCUCAUUGAGAUCUUCAACAUUAUCAAAACAACUGAAAAGAUUGAGGAAUUACCACCCGCUCUUCGUAAAGCAUUUGAAUGGGGCCGUAUCAACUUUGCUUUUGUGCUUCAUACUCAAUUUGUCACGUCCGAUCGUUCAGCUGAAAACAUUGCCAAUCUCAAGCGUACCAACAUGCUCAUGCCCUAUCGUGCCAUUGCUCAGCUGUUGAAGCUUUCCAAUCCAUUUGCUAUGGUCAAGGGUAUUUUGGAUCUGUUCCUGACACAGCCUUUUGGUCGACGUAGUCUCUUGCAGCGCAUCAUUGCAUCCAACAUGAAUGAUAAUGCAAAGCAGCUUCAACAAGAUAUCAACAAUUUGGAAGCCAAGAUUAGUGAUCCUGCCCUUUGUCAAAAGAUCAAGAAUGCUAUUGAGACGCCCAUUUCGGAUGAUAUUGUUACCCAACGUACUCGAGUACGAUCCACCGUGGACGAGACAUUGGACAUGUUAAAGAAUGCUGAUAUUGAACCUGCAUUGACUCCCGAGCAAAUCGUAAAGGUGGCAGGAGCCAAGGAUUCAUCCAACAUGGAAUCUCGCUUGCUUGUGACUCAAUUACAUCAAUUAUGGGCCAUGUAUGCACGUCAACGUGAACAUCGUAUUUUGGGUGAACUCAUGUUCCAAGGAGCUACUGGCGAUCUAUUGCGUGAAAUCUUUGCCAUGUUUUACCAACCACUUGCAGAAGUGUAUCGAGCUGCCAACAUUGGUGACUCACUCCAGCACCUAUCAGCCUUCAUUGACGAUCUUAUCGGUGUGAUUGACAGCUUGGAUAUGCAAGACAUUACCAACACGGCUCAACCUUUUGUGCAACUGGUACAACGCCAUGAACAGCAAUUCUAUCACUUUGUGCACCAAGUGCAUGCCAAUGACAAGACGCGUCUCUUUGAUGAGCUUUUAAGCUACGUUGACAAUACCUUUGCUCUCGUUGCCCAUGGUUUGCCCCAGCGUAUUGAUUUGGAUAAGGUGAUUGAGGAUGCCGGUGUUUCUGCCAAGGAUGCUGCUUUGCAAAAGGAUAUUGAUGCCAUCUGCGAGUAUCAUCGUAAGCGCAAGGAUCAGCACAUGAAACGUCGACGACAAAAGCUCAUGAUGGAGGAGAAUGAUGAUGUUGCCAUGGCCAGUGAAGCUUUUGAUUUCUUGCCCAACAAGUCCGAAGUCAUGGGUGUAUUCCAGGAUUUGGCCGAGCUCGAUGAUGAAGAAUUGGAAGAUGACUUGUACUCGGAAUCAGGCAGCGAUACCUCUUCUGCUGUGGCCCACGAGAUGACUAUUGAAAUGCCCGAUUUGGAAGUGGUUCCCAAGAUCGUGCCAUACUUUGUAAAUAGCAUUGUCAAUGCCAUGAAAUAA